AGCCGGGCCUGGCGGCGGGCAGGAUGGGUCGCGAUGCUGGAGCUGGCUGUGCAGAAGGUGGUGGUCCACCCCCUGGUGCUGCUCAGCGAGGUGGACCACUUCAACCAAAUCGGCAAGGUUGGAAACCAGAAGUGGGUGGUCGGUAUGCUUUUGGGGUCGUGGCAGAAGAAAGUGCUUGAUGUAUCCUAUAGUUUUGCAGUCUCCUUUGAUGAAGAAGACAAAGAUGAUUCUGUCUGGUUUUUAGACCAUGAUUAUUUGGAAAAUAUGUAUGGAAUGUUUAGCAAGGUCAAUGCCAGAGAAAGAAUUGUGGGGUGGUACCACACAGGCCCCAAACUGCACAUGAAUGACAUCGCCAUCAAAGAGCUCAUGAAGAGAUACUGUCCGAACUCAGUGCUGGUCAUCAUUGAUGUGAAGCCCAAGGACCUGGGGAUGUCCAUAGAGGCCUACAUUUCAGUGGAAGAAGCUCACGAUGAUGGAACCCCAACCUCAAAGACAUUUGAGCACGUGACCAGUGAAAUUAGAGCAGAGGAAGCUGAGGAAGUGGGAGUGGAACACUUACUGAGAGACAUCAAAGACACUACAGUGGGCACUCUUUCCCAGUGGAACACAAACCAGGUCCACGGGUUGAAGGGACUAAAUUCCAAGCUCCUGGACAUCAGGGGCUACCUGGAGAAAGUAGCCACAGGCAAGCUUCCCAUCAACCAUCAGAUAAUCUACCAGCUGCAGGAUGUGUUCAACCUGCUGCCCGAUGUCAGCCUGCAGGGGUUCGUCAAGGCAUUUUACCUGAAGACCAAUGACCAGAUGGUGGUGGUGUACUUGGCUUCCCUCAUCCGAUCCGUAGUCGCCCUGCACAACCUCAUCAACAACAAGAUUGCCAACCGGGAUGCAGAGAAGAAAGAAGGGCAGGAAAAAGAAGAGAGCAAAAAGGAUAGAAAAGAUGACAAAGAAAAAGAUAAGGUAAAGAGUGAUGUAAAGAAAGAAGGGAAAAAGGAGAAAAAGUAAAACAUGUAGCUUUUUAAAUUUGUAAAUUAAAAGCUUGUCAACUAAAAUCAAUGUGCCAAUUGUGAGUGUUCUUUUUCACUUGAAGUGCUUGUUUAAAAGUCGUCCUGACAAGGGCUCUCUGCCUGCAAUCCUUGCUGUGGCAUUUCAUGAAGGGGAAUGGCUAGAGGCACAAGCUGCAGCUGCUGCAGGUCGGGGUGUGGUAGCUCAGGCGUUGGAGGGUGAGAGAAGAGGCCCACAUACAGCAUGUUUGGUACUCUUCAUCUUUUUACCACUAAGGCCAGGAGUUGGUUUUCCCAUCUUGAAUGAUUCGUGGGGUCUGUGAUUACUGACAGAGUGGCUGCUCGGAGCACAGAUUCCAAUCGUUGUCCGCUUUGUAGCACCUUCAGUGCUGACCCUUCCGAACCCGGUUGAGAACCCUACACACCACACUUGGCCCUGGCACUCUGUCACUCUCAGGGCUCGGGACCUGUAUGCUGUUUACCUUCAAUUAAAUGGUUUGGUUUAAAAAAAAAAAA